AUCAAAACAUAAACAGCUGCCGCCAUAUAAUUGGGAUACUGAUACUUUAUAAAGAUUAAACACACCCCAGAAUAAAAAAACACAAAUGUCACUGCUUCUUUGAUUGAUAAUCCACUCCCACACCUAUUUCUCCUUGUCUUAUACUCAAAAGCCUAUAGUGUCUAAGAUCCCAAGAAGCUGCCUGUUAUCCUUGAGAUUAUCCUGGUGAUCAUCUGGGGUUCUCAUAAUGGCAAGAAUUUUAAAAUCUUGCAUGCAAUCCAUCCUGAAAGGUGUGAAUUUGAUAAUGGGAAUGGUCGGCAUUGCUAUGAUUUUGUAUGGUUUUUGGAUGGUAAGAGUUUGGCAGAGAGACAUGGGAGGGUCACCAUUUGAUGACUUCAAUUCUACUGCCCCAUGGUUCAUAUACACUUUUCUGGGCACAGGCAUCACCUUAUGCUUCCUAACAUGCCUAGGCCAUAUUGCCGCAGAUAGCGCCAAUGGUUUUUGCCUUUUCGGCUACAUGGUGAUCAUCUCAGUGCUUCUCCUGGUAGAGACUGCAAUUGCAGCUGAUAUACUUUUAAACUCUGACUGGGAGAAGGAUUUACCAGAGGAUCCAACCGGGAGGUUCCAUGAUUUCAAAGAAUUUGUGCAGUCUAACUUUGACAUCUUCAAAUGGAUUGGCCUGCUUAUCAUCUUAGGACAGGGGAUUUCCGUACUAUUGGCAAUGGCCAUCAGAGCCCUUGGCCCCAACCAAUGCUCCAACUAUGACAGUGAUGAAGAAUUUCCUCCAGCCAGGCUUCCCCUCAUAAAUAACAAUGCUCCACAACCUGCUUAUGUCGUCGGAGAUUCUCCCUUUGCCAACAAGAGUGAAGCUUGGAAUACGAGUAAGUGAAGAGAGAAGCAGCAAUUUUCCGUAUCAUUGAGAAGAAGAUAUCAGGAGAGAGAAAAGCAAAUGAAAGCAGAGGACGCCAUGAAAACACACAGCCAAGGUAGGGGCAGCCUCGGCCGCUAAUACUACCACAACCGCACUCUACAAGAUAGAGCAUUAAUUACUCAAUGUUUUGCAUUGUGAUCUGUACUAUAUAGCUUAGACCAUGAUAUAGUUUAAUUUGUACUAAUAUAAUCUCUUCAUAGCAUAGUAUAUUUUUCAAAUUAAGUUGUGAACUUGUUUCACAUAUA